AUAAUUAGGCUAUAACUUGUUGUGAAUGUCGAUAGUUGGAAUAUGGAAUACAGUAAAGCCCACUUAGUCCGACGAAUUUAAAAGUUUAGCAUUUGUUCAAAAGGGGCGGUAUAUCUCCUAUCGACUGUGUGGUGAUCCCUCGAGCUCUCUCCUCCCAACUAUACACCGUCUCAUUUGCUUUAAAGAUCAUAUAAGAGCAUUUAUUUAGCAGUGUUGGUGUUGCAGUCUUACGCGAUCCCUGCUCUUCCUGAUUUAAAUUAAUAGGUUCGCAUUGUUUGCAUCAGUUUGAAAAGCCAUAUCAUGGCGGGGCUAAGAGGCUCAACUAGGCAGUUUAUAAUUUGAACAUUUUAAAUAGGCUAUGUAGACGAUAUAUUACUGUCCCGCAUGUUCGUUGCAGGUUACAUUACAGGCUAUGUAGGCAUAUAGGCAACAUUACUGUCCCGCAUGUUCAUUGCAGGCUACAUUGCAGACUAUGUACGCAUAUAGGCUACAUUACUGUUCCGCAUGUUCAUUGCAUUGACGUUGGUCUCAGUAGCCCACUUCCUUAAAAGCGUCGAUACUUUGGGAGCUAUGUUGAGAGGUGAGCACAAGAGUUUGUCCUCCGCACACAGUGGACAAAAGUGAAUUGUAGCUGUAUGGAACUCAGUGCAUGCUGUUGUAGCUACUCUCCGCGGUUAAAAGAUUAACAACGUGCUCGACACUCAACCUUAUAUAAAUGUAGAUCGGGUGCUGAAUCCUCGUAUGUAAUCCAAAGAACAAAAUCCUCCUCUCCGCCAUAUACAGGACAGACAAAAAACGGAUUCAAUUUAUCGUCUCCUGUUUAAGAUUAUUUUCCAAACGGAAACCAUCUGUCGGGCUUCAGCAAUAAGCAAUUGGUUGGGUGUUCAGAGGCAUUACUAGAUCCAUUAGCUACCGCACCCUUCUCGUUCGUAAAUCCGACAGACUCAUGCCAGAGUUCGCUCCACGGUGAAGCAAGCCGCACCACAUGCCUUCAAUGCUUUCGGUUUUUGCAACCUUUCAGUGGAGUGAAUGAGAGAUCUCUUACCGAGUCCAGAAGAACGAGCGUCUGACAAUCAGAUAUUUUUUUUGUAACGGUAUUAAUACGAUAUGUCAAGAUUUGCACCGUUCGAAGAUCCCUUAUUUUUUUCUAUUUCCUGUGAUUUUUAACCUCCGCUACAGCCAGUCUGCGUUGGGACUUUUCUUUUGUUGUUUAAUAUGCCUCUGGUGAAAGUUAUGAGUUCUCCAACAAAGGGACUGCUCUACGGCUUUUACUGCACUGUACGGUAGAUGAAUGCGGAGAGUGGAAGCGUUGUAACUCGAGGCGGGGUUAAAGUUCAGCUCUAUGCAGCGGUGAAGCGUUCGUUGCAGUUCGCAGAGUUGGAAAUGUGAAAGCAAGAAGCAGGCUUUAUUUUUCUCUCUCCCUUCUCUCUGUCUCUCCUUUUUUCCCUUUUCACACACACGGACACAGCCACCACGCAUACACGAGCAGACACGUACACACACUCACACACAUAAACACGCAGACCCGUCACAGCAACCAAAACACACACACAUACACUCACACACACACACACACGCAUACAUACACCCUCCAAAUCCAAGAUUAGAUACAACAGACAUGUAUUCUCCACUAUGCUUAACACAGGAUGAGUUCCAUCCUUUCAUCGAAGCUCUGCUGCCCCACGUGCGAGCGUUUGCCUACACAUGGUUCAACUUGCAGGCCCGCAAGAGAAAGUACUUCAAGAAGCAUGAGAAGCGCAUGUCUAAGGAAGAGGAGCGCGCGGUCAAGGACGAGCUGCUCAGCGAGAAGCCUGAGGUCAAGCAGAAGUGGGCAUCACGCCUCUUGGCCAAGCUCCGCAAGGACAUCCGGCCAGAGUUCCGGGAGGAUUUUGUGCUCACGGUCACCGGGAAGAAGCCCCCGUGCUGCGUGCUGUCCAACCCCGACCAGAAGGGUAAGAUGAGGAGGAUCGACUGCCUGCGUCAGGCCGACAAAGUCUGGAGGUUGGAUCUGGUCAUGGUCAUUUUAUUCAAAGGUAUUCCCCUCGAAAGUACUGAUGGCGAAAGGCUGGUAAAGUCCCCACAGUGCUCGAACCCAGGGCUGUGUGUGCAGCCUCAUCACAUUGGAGUUUCUGUGAAGGAGCUUGACCUCUACUUGGCCUACUUUGUUCAUGCAGAUGGCCAGUCAGAGAGUCCCAACCAGCAGAGUGAGUCUGAUAUCAAGGAGCAGCCUGAGAACGGUCAUCUUGGCUUCCAAGACAGCUUUGUCACAUCGGGUGUCUUCAGUGUGGCCGAGCUCGUGCGAGUCUCACAGACCCCCAUCGCAGCUGGGACGGGUCCUAACUUCUCGCUGGCCGACCUGGACAGCUCCUCCUACUACAGCAUGAGCCCUGGGGCAAUGAGGCGACCCUUACCCAGCACCUCCUCCAGCAGCUCGGCCAAGAGGAUCAAGUGUAUGGAGGACGAGGUGGACAGUCCAGGAGAAGAGUCCUACUAUCCAGGUCAAGGGCGCUCCCCGGGCAGCGGCAGCCAGGCCAGCAGCUGGCACGAAGUGGAAACUGCUGGAUAUAAACUGCGUGGCUCGCUAGCUAGUUCGUUCAUCUCAAGACAAGGGAUGCCACCGUCCACCACAUUAAAGAAGUCAGAGAAGUGUGGUUUCAGCAGCCCUGUCAUGCCUUCGCAGACCACUUCCUACUCCCCCCGAACGGCAUUCACACAUCAUCAUCAGCCUGUUAUUACAGGACCUAGAGCGAGUCCCCACGCCACGCCGUCGAGCCUCCACUUCCCCACGUCUCCCAUCAUCCAGCAGCCCGGCUCCUACUUCUCACACCCGGCCAUCCGUUACCACCCCCAGGAGAGCCUCAAGGACUUUGUCCAACUUGUCUGCCCCGACUCAGGCCAGCAGGGAGGACAGGUGGGCUUCCUUAAUCCUAAUGGUAGCAGUCAGGGGAAGGUCCACAACCCAUUCCUGCCCACCCCCAUGCUGCCCCCUCCACCUCCGCCCCCCAUGGCACGCCCUGUGCCCCUGCCUGUGCCAGACUCCAAACCUCCUUCCACCUCCACUGAGGGAGGGGGCAACUCCCCCACUUCGCCAACCUACUCCACACCGAGCACGUCCCCAGCCCAGCGCUUCAUCAGUGUGGGCCCCCGAGACCCCAGCUUUGUAAAUAUCCCUCAGCAGCCCCAGUGGUACCUGGGCUAGGGACUCCAGACCCCCUAGCAGCCCGCUGGACAGAUCGCUGGAAAGCCCACUGGACAGAUCGCUGGACAGCCCGCUGGACAGAUCGCUGGACCCCCUACUUUCUCCCCUGAGUGUGACCUAACCUGAAACCCUGCAAACGUGCUCACCUGUUUGACAGAGAGAAGCCCAACCCCUCAAAUCUGUCACUGCAUGGCUACAACAGACCACCCCGCCCUCUCCCAUCCCCCAAAAACAAGAGCAGAGCUACUGACUGCUUACACACGUACAUACUAUAUAUCUAUACAGCCCAUAUAUACCCUCAUUCAUAUGGUUCAUAUGUCUAUAUUCAUAUAUAGUACCAGUCCCCCCAGCUGUCUAUUGGAUGUGCUAGCUGGAGUUCCAAGAAAGAGCUAGCGUAUGUUUCCUGGUACACGUUGUGUUUGUUUAUUUUUGUAUUUCUUCUCGUCGUCCCCACUUUGCCGCAGAGGGGGAGACAUCACCUGACUAAAUAAAAGAGCUUCCCUCAACCCUUCGUUGCCGUAGCCGACCUGUGGAGAAGGUCCGGCACAGAGACCUAAGAGUCCCGUGUACAUGUGUGUAUAAAGCUCUGCUGGCGUCACAUGUCCCGAAACGAGAGGAAGAUCAGAGCUCUUGUUCCUUUUGUUCUAUGGUUGUUACCGGACUCUGUUUUCGGUUCAGUGGCUCACGGAGGUAGAGGUUUUAGCUGGGUCAGAUACCAACCAGUUAAUACCUCUCAGUCUCCCCACCCUACCCCAAACCAGACCUACCCAGCACCCACCCUGAGGAGGGACACUCCCCCACAGCCAAGAGUCUGAAGGUCUGAAGGUCUUCACCCCACCACGGGGCUUUUCCAGGGACAUCAGUGCAGCUGAAAGACCAUGCAGAGGAGAACAACCAACACUAUGAACUCACAGGGGACCAGAGAGGGGAUGGGGUAUUCAUGUUUAAUAUCGGUCAAUCAGGUGACAUAUUGAAACUGGUUUAAAGCCUGCAGCAAGAAGAGAAGUAUUUCAAUGAGAAGCUUGUGAGAAAACCUCUGACUGGGAGGCUUGUUCAUGUUACAUUUUUGUAUAGAGGUCAUUUCAGUUCAAACUAACGGUUUUACAAUGCUAUACAAUGCAAAAGGGCGAAGGUCUAUAAUUCUACAAACUGACUGGAGACAUCUAUGACUAUCGUGAACAGUGGAAUAUUGAAUUGAGGACAGUGCAAUUUCGUUGGAUAGUGGUUGGAUAAUUAAAUAUCUUUGUAGGAUAUGUCGUUAAAAUAGUUGAAAAUCAUAUAUUUUUCUUCCUCGUCCAUUCACACCUCUAAAAUAUCGGGGUACAAAAAAAAGUCAACUAGCACGAUGGUCUGGUGAGAAAAUAACAGAUGUAUUGAGCUUUUGUUGUCUUUUAUUUGUUUGUUUGUUCAUCUUGUAAAUUUGCUAGUAUCGUAGAAUGUAAAAAAUGUAAAUCCCUUUUAGAAAUAUUGUCAUUUUAAACUUGUAGCUAAGAAUCUAGUCUGCUAUUAAUUUUUAAAAAGCAAAGUGAUUAACUUAUUUUAAGAAAGCACUUGAUUUUAAAAGAAAUAAGUAGUAGUUGAAAUUUCUCAUGACGCAAAAUCAAGAACAUACAAUGUGAGCAAAUAUCGAAAACAUAAAUCUCCACUUUACCGCGCAUCCAAGUUCUGGUUCGCCUGUUUGAUUGGCUAGGCCUUCUCUAAGCCUUGUCCAAUCAGAAGCACUUGUUCCUGCAGUUGGUUUAUGGGCUGGGAGUCUAAUCAGAGGAUUGUAGUUGAGUGAGAAAGAGUGACCAUUUGUGUUGAAAACACAUUGAUAUCUACAUCAAGGCAAGAUUGCAACCAGACGGCGAAGCUUUUCAGUUGCUUCGCAUGCAAUUUACCACUUAUUGAAGUUUUGUUUUUCUUUACUAUACUAUAUAUAUAUAUAUAUAUAUAUAUAUAUAUAUAUAUAUAUAUAUAUAUAUAUAUACACAUUGUUAAGACUGACUCAUCCACCCUCGAUCAAAACUGAAUAAAAGUAUUAAAAAUGUUGUUUUUUUAUCUGCAUGUUGUAGUGUUAGUGACAAACCUUUACAUAGAUUAGAGUUAGUGAAUAAAGACACAGUAUCCUAAUCCCAACAUCAGGCACUUGCCAAUAGACUCUAUCUGUUUGGCCCUUCGAGAGGCUUUUUUUACUGCUGGCCUUCACAAUCAACCAGCUUGAACGUCUUUCAGACUCUUCUUCGCUUCUCAUCAUUUCUGAAUCGUUUUUCCUCUUUCGUUCCCUCUUGAAAUGAUCAACAACAAAAAAACUCUAAUCUUAAAGUAUAUAUUUAGUUCGUAUGUUCUCUAAUUGCACGAAACAAUUGUUCCUCAUAAAUGUGCCUUGAGCGAUGGUCUAGUCCCGAGCUGUUGCACAAUGUUCCAAUGUGGAGAGUUGAUCUUGUUUCUUAUUUGUUUUCAUCCCCCACCUCCCAUUGUGGUGAAACUGAAUCAGCGUUGUUAUACUGAUAAGAAACAUGAAUGAUGAAAUGGAAGACAUCUCAGGCCUGUACGACAGCACACUAUGAUGCACCAUGGAGGUGCUGUGUGUGUAGAAGACCUGAAACACUAUAUCUGUCUUGUACUACUGUUUAACUAGGCCAGCGUCAAUCACCCCGACAUGGCCCCCUUUUUACUCAUUCCGUAAGUAGGAAUAGACCUCUUUAUAUCUUGAAGAUAGUUUAGUUAACCCCCCAGUCAUCGACCCUUAACCCUUCUUUGUGUUGAGAAUACUAAUCUAUAGAUAUUUAUGGAUGUUGCUGAAAUUUCUAAAUGGAAACUUCUUUUGGCUUUGGAGUUUUCCUUUUUUUAAUAUUUCUUUUAUUCAGAAAUGAAUAAAGAGAAAAGAAUAUGCAAUAGCUGCUUGCACUCAUGUAGACAGUCAUUUAGUCAUUUGUUUGUGAUGUUUAUUUUUUAUUUUUUACCACAGUUAGGUUGCACUUGACUGGCUACAUGGUUGGUGGUCGGUCCCUUAGGCAGACCCACUCCUGGAGAACAAAGGGCUCGCAAAGCCCAGUCAGCCUCGCUCGGGUAUUCUACUGUCUUUGUUUUCAACACUAACAAGUCGACCGCAAAAUAUAUUAGGGUUCUCCUUUUUUUGGAGCGGUGGUG